UCCAAGAACCGCGAGUCCUAAGCCCACCGGGAGCCCUAAAACCCUUCCAAAACCCUAGGGCGAUCGAUCUCUAAUUCCCUCUCUCGACAUGGAAGCCCGGCCGCUGCCACAUGCGGAUGCCCGGCUCUUCUUUGACUUCGGAAUGGGGAGGAAGGAAAGAUCAUGGCUUUUGAGGUUUUGGCCCAAGAAUUUGACCGACCCAGUCGGAGCGGGGCUCGUUAAUAUUGGGAAUACUUGCUUCCUUAACGCGGUUCUUCAGUGCCUCACCCACACGGUUCCUCUUGUGGAGAAACUUUGGGCAUCCGAUCACUAUUCUACUUGUUCUGCCGGUCCUGGGGAGUUCUGUGCUCUCUGUGCCUUGAGAGAUCACAUAGGUAGGUGCGUGGACUUCUCAGGAUAUGUUAUUACGCCAAUACGCAUUGCCAUUAAUUUGAGCAAAAUAUCAUCCGAUUUUGAACUAGGCAGCCAGGAGGAUGCCCAUGAGUUCCUUCAAUGCUUGCUGUAUAGGGUGCACAGCUGUUGCAUCAGCCCUGUCCAUGGAAACCAGCCGCCACCUGUGGGAGAUGACACCGACACCCUUAUCCAACAGGUCUUUGGAGGCCGUGCAAGAAGCCGGCUGCGAUGCUCUGAUUGCGGUCAUGUAUCAGACACAUUUGAGCCCUUGCUAGACCUUAGCUUGGGGAUUGAUGGUAUGGCUAGCCUCACAGAGGCACUGGAAUCAUAUACUAAGGUCGAGAUGCUGGAGCCUUCAAAAUGCGUUGGCUGCCAUGCCAAAGUGCCAAAGGAGAAACAGCUAAAAUUGGACCAAGCACCACAAGUUGCUUUAUUCCACCUAAAGAGGUUCAAAAUUGAUGGUGCUGAUGUUUGUAAGAUCAAUAAUUUUGUGGAGUUUCCAUUGGAGCUGGACUUGCGGCCCUUCAUUAGCUCCCCACAAGAUGAAGAGCAGUUAAAUUAUGAUCUAUAUGCUGUUGUUGUGCACGUUGGAAAUCUGGAUAGAGGUCAUUACUUCAGCAUUAUCCGUUCAUCUCAAUCUUCAUGGCACCUAAUGGAUGAUGCUAAUGUGGACAGAUGCUCCAGAAUGGAAGCCCUUGAUGCGCAGGCAUACAUGCUCUUCUACAUAAAGGAGGGGUCAUCACCCUGGUUUUCAAGUUUCAUAGAGAGGCAGAUGACAUGCCAAACUAGUGGAGCACCUCAUUUUAUGAUGGAUUUGAGAGAGAAAAACUUUGCUUUUGGAGAGUCUAGCAGCAGCAGCAGCAGCAGUUCCAUGCAUUCACCAAAGACAAGAAAGGAUCAGAGUCCAGGCACAGAUGAUAGUCCUAAAUCUGUUAUAUGUGAGAUAGAAGGUGAUAGUAUUUCGUCAGCUCCUCUUAGACCUUGCAACCAAGGUGGCAUCAGUUAUGGAGCUGAAAGGAAGGCUCCAUUAGAUGAAGUAAUGAAACAAUCCACUGGAAGAAUUGGUUCUGAGGAUUACAUCGUUUGUGACGGUGUCUCCAAUGAUGAGACUUCUACAUUAUUGACAGAAGAUGAUCAAGAGGACCACCGAAGUCCAGAAAGCCACGUGAGCUCAAAGGAUGUUGAGUCAACAGCCAAGGAAGCCGCAAAGGAUGGAGCAGGAAAUGAGAUGCUCAGAAACACUCCUAGCUUGCAGAGGUCAAGCUUUGAAUCCUGUGCAACACCAUACUGGUCGCAUAGCCCACGACCGCUCGUGUUGAGGAACCCAACUCCCAUGAAGAGGCAGCGUAGAGCACUCUCAGAUCUUGAUAACAUCCCUUCUCCAAGCCCAGUGACACCAAGAGAAGUCAACAUGCAACCAGAGGCUCUCUUGCUCCAUCAUCAUGACUUUUCUAUAGACAGCUCAUAAAUAACCCCCCCAUCUUAAUCCAGGUGACGCUGAUCAGACUCCAUAGACAAAUAACCCAGUAGCCAUGAUUUUCUGAGUUAAUUUUAUCUAGGCCUGCAAAAAUGGCAUUAAGUUCUGCUAAAUCUUUACAGUUCCAUUCCAUCUCCUAAACAAUGCACUCAAAUUCUCGUGCUUGUGACUUCUGAUGACGAUGGCCUUCAUUGCUUUUACCCCCAUAAUAGACUUCUUCUUAUGUGAGUUAAUUGGUUUUAAAACGAUGAUUUGAAUUCCCUUUCUUUACAGACAAUAUUUUUAGUUACCACCAGGAAUUCUUUUCUGUACCAUAUUCAUUGGCGAGUGAAAAACUACAGCUUAUAAUUA